CAGCAAGACAACUUGUCCAGUCGACCAGCAGUUCGGCUGCUCACAACAUCCUCAGGUGGAGUCCUUCUGACUGGACAUGCGGCUCCGUGCUCCUUUUCUGUAACUCUACACUUAAAAAAAUCCGCAACACAGGAGGAUUUACUGUCGGUGGCGGCGGGACGGCUGCUGUCACGGAGAGCUGGCGCAGGAGCUGACAGUCGGAUAACAGCCUGCUUUCGCCCGGCGCCGGGAGCCACCAACCAACCGGCCGUUGGGAACCGGAGGGGUUGGCUAGCUGGAAGGCUAGCUAACUGGCACUAGCCGGGUGGAAAGCCUCUCAGCCCAGCGUCCUUUAAACACGUCGCAACCCUAAAAGUGACAGAGUGAAGAUGGAUUGAAACAUGAAGGGUGGAACUGCCCCAUCAUCCAAAUAGGAGGGAGUCUCUCUAAGGUUGUGCUCUGCAGCUUAACCGUGUGACUGAGCUGGGAGACAAAGAGGAAGAUGCCUCCCAGGCCAUCCUCAGGGGAGCUAUGGGGCAUCCACUUGAUGCCUCCCAGGAUCCUGGUGGAUUGCCUGCUUCCCAAUGGGAUGAUUCUGACCCUGGAGUGUCUCCGUGAGGCCACGCUCAUUACCAUCAAACAUGAGCUGUUUAAAGAGGCCAGAAAAUAUCCCCUCCAUCACCUCCUACAGGAGGAGACAUCUUACAUCUUUGUCAGUGUAACACAGGAAGCAGAGCGGGAGGAGUUCUACGAUGAAACCCGGAGGCUGUGUGACCUCCGACUCUUCCAGCCUUUCCUCAAGGUCAUUGAACCAGUUGGCAACAGAGAGGAAAAGAUCCUCAAUAGGGAGAUUGGUUUUGCUAUUGGUAUGCCAGUGUGUGAGUUUGACCUUGUGAAGGACCCCGAGGUUCAGGACUUCAGGAGAAACAUCCUGAAUGUUUGUAAAGACUCUGUGGAGUUGAGGGAUGCCAGUGGGCCUCACAGCAGAGCGCUGUAUGUUUACCCACCCAAUGUAGAGUCGACACAAGAACUUCCCAAACACAUCUAUAGCAAACUGGACAAAGGUCAGAUUAUUGUUGUAAUAUGGGUGAUUGUUUCUCCGAACAAUGACAAACAAAAGUAUACACUGAAGAUCAACCACGACUGUGUGCCUGAACAGGUGAUUGCAGAGGCCAUUCGUAAGAAGACACGCAGCAUGCUGCUAUCCCCAGAGCAGCUAAAGAUGUGUGUUCAGGAAUAUCAGGGUAAAUACAUCCUCAAAGUUUGUGGCUGUGAUGAGUACCUGCUGGAAAAGUACCCCAUCAGCCAGUACAAGUAUAUCCGUAGUUGCAUCAUGCUGGGCAGGAUGCCUAACCUGAUGCUAAUGGCCAAGGACAGCCUGUACACCCAGUUGCCUACAGACAACUUUGUCAUGCCGUCAUACUCUCGACGCAUCUCCACGGCAACAUCGUAUAUGAAUGGUGAGGCAGCUGCCAAGUCGCUUUGGACCAUCAACGGGACUCUGCGAAUACGAAUCCUCUGUGCCACCUAUGUUAACGUCAAUAUACGGGACAUUGACAAGAUAUAUGUGAGGACUGGCAUUUACCAUGGAGGUGAACAAAUGUGUGACAAUGUCAACACACAGAGGGUACCCUGCUCCAAUCCCAGGUGGAAUGAGUGGCUCACCUAUGAUAUGUACAUCCCAGACAUCCCCCGUGCUGCUAGACUGUGCCUCUCAAUCUGCUCUGUCAAGGGCAGAAAAGGAGCCAAGGAGGAGCAUUGUCCGCUUGCUUGGGGUAACAUCAACUUGUUUGAUUACACCCACACUCUGGUGGCCAACAAGAUGGCUCUGAACCUCUGGCCUGUUCCUCAUGGCCUGGAGGACCUCCUCAACCCCAUAGGAGUCACUGGAUCUAACCCCAAUAAGGAAACGCCAUGUCUGGAGCUGGAAUUUGACCACUUCAGUAGUCCAGUCAAAUACCCAGACAUGAAUGCAGUGGAAGAUCAUGCAAACUGGACCAUCUCAAGGGAACUGGGUUUUAACUACAACCUCUCAGGACAGAGCAAUCGUGUGGCCAGAGAUCAUGCACUGACAGAGAGUGACACUGAGCAGCUGAGGCAGUUGAGUAACAGGGACCCUCUGUCAGAAAUCACUGAGCAGGAGAAAGACUUUCUCUGGCGACACAGGCACUACUGCAUGAACAUCCCUGAGAUCCUCCCCAAGAUCCUUCUCGCUGUCAAAUGGAAUUCCAGAGAUGAAGUAGCACAGAUGUACUGUCUGUUAAAGGAAUGGCCAUCUAUCCGUCCUGAGCAGGCCAUGGAGCUGCUGGACUGUAACUAUCCAGACCCCAUGGUCAGGCACUUUGCUGUACGCUGCCUUGACAAAUACCUGACUGAUGAUAAACUGUCCCAGUACCUUAUCCAGCUUGUACAGGUAUUAAAAUAUGAGCAGUAUCUUGACAAUCCCCUGGCCCGCUUUCUCCUCAAAAAGGCCCUGACCAAUCAAAGGAUAGGACAUUUCUUCUUCUGGCAUCUCAAGUCAGAAAUGCACAAUAAAACAGUGAGCCAGAGGUUUGGGCUGCUGUUAGAGGCUUACUGCAGGGCUUGUGGCAUGUACCUCAAACACCUGAGCAGGCAGGUUGAGGCCAUGGAGAAGCUCAUAAACCUCACUGACAUCCUUAAACAAGAGAAGAAGGAUGAGACACAGAAGGUCCAGAUGCGGUUUCUUGUGGACCAGAUGAAGAGACCAGACUACAUGGAUGCUCUGCAGAACUUUACUUCUCCUCUCAACCCUGCACAUCAACUGGGAAACCUCAGGUUAGAUGAAUGUAGGAUCAUGUCAUCAGCAAAGAGGCCGUUGUGGUUAAACUGGGAGAAUCCUGACAUCAUGUCCGAGUUGCUGUUUCAGAAUAAUGAGAUCAUCUUCAAAAAUGGAGAUGACUUGCGCCAGGACAUGCUGACAUUGCAGAUUAUUAAAAUCAUGGAGAAUAUUUGGCAGAAUCAAGGACUGGACCUACGGAUGUUGCCCUAUGGAUGUCUGUCAUUAGGAGACUGUGUGGGCCUUAUUGAGGUGGUUCGCAGCUCCCACACCAUCAUGCAGAUUCAGUGUAAAGGAGGUUUGAAAGGAGCCCUGCAGUUCAACUCAAACACUCUGCAUCAGUGGCUCAGGGACAAGAACAAGGGCGAGAUGUAUGACCUGGCUGUGGAUCUGUUUACAAGGUCCUGUGCUGGCUACUGUGUAGCUACAUUUAUUCUGGGGAUAGGAGACAGACACAACAGCAACAUCAUGGUCAAAGACGAUGGACAGUUGUUUCAUAUAGACUUUGGCCAUUUCCUGGAUCACAAGAAGAAGAAAUUUGGCUACAAGAGAGAACGAGUGCCCUUUGUACUGACACAAGACUUCCUCAUCGUCAUCAGCAAAGGAUCCCAAGAGUGCACAAAGACCAAAGAGUUUGAGAGGUUCCAGGAAAUGUGUUAUAAAGCUUACCUGGCUAUCCGGCAGCAUGCCAACCUCUUCAUCAACCUGUUCUCCAUGAUGCUGGGCUCUGGCAUGCCUGAGCUGCAGUCAUUUGAUGACAUUGCCUACAUCAGAAAGACACUAGCCCUGGAAAAAAGCGAGCAGGAGGCAUUGGACUACUUUAUGAAACAGAUGAAUGAUGCUCACCAUGGAGGGUGGACCACCAAGAUGGACUGGAUAUUCCACACAAUUAGGCAGCAUGCACUAAACUGAUCACCCCCCCCGCACAAAAUCAACCGUCCCACCGUGGAGUAUUUGCUUCACUCAGCCAGAUGCAGCAUCGUCUUUCAUGGAGUUUCCCUUCUCCUCUACAGAAGACACCACAAACAGCUCACUGAUGAUGGAAGUUUCGAUUUUUUCGAACAACAUCUUUGUUUUCUCCAUUCUCUUGGCAUCAUUAUCUGCCUUUUUUUGUGUUCUCAGUGAUGCCCUCACACUAUCCUCCACUUGUUUUAUGGUGCACAUGAGAGCAUUUUCCUCAAGUCUCUGUGAAGAUGUGCCCUAUCUGGCUGAUGAUCACAUCCCUUUCUACUAUGCUUCCACAGUUUUUUUCCCCCCCCUGAAAUGGAACAACAUGGGAAACCAAGGAAAUUCUACCCCCAUACUUUGCUGCUCUCAGAGGAAGAACACAAAUUGGACAAAACGACGUAAAGAAGAUAUAUGUGCCAAGGUAUAAAUGUAGCCACAAAGUAAGUUCAACUUGCUACCUUUCUGCUGUAUUCGUGCUGCACUGUGGCUCCAACCCAGAGAGAAACUGCUCGGGAAACGUUUGUUCAAAUCUUAUCACUGCUGAGAAGAUAUCGGGCACAAGGAACUGUCUAAAUUAUUUUAUGUAAUACCAGUAUUACUCAAAUUUGUUGUACAGUACAGGAUUACUGGUAUAUGGGAGCUUCUAUGAUGUCUUCCACCAUCUUUGAGGUAAAAUCGCCCUUCAGAGAUGAAUUGGCGUCAGCUUUCCCACCUUCUACCACUUCAUGUGAAAAAUUUCAGAAACUGCGGAAGAGUCUUUGGGUUGUUUUGCACAGCUCGACAGUCUCCCACGGCCUCAAUGAAACAGCGCUCCACCUUUGGGAAAUGGUGGUGCAGCUUGAGACUCUUGCAUAAACUUCAGGGUGAUGAUGCCUCUCCAUCAAAAACAGCACUUAGAAAUACCAGAAUAAUAUACAGAUUUAUUAUGACUUUUUAAAUUUAUUUAUGUAUCUAGUUUCUUUCAGUUUCCACAAAGGCAAAUCCUCACUCCUCCGAAACAUACUAUCGUUGGUUUUAAUAUAUUUGAAGUUUCAUGUAUUUGUGCUACCUGUUUGCAGCUUUUUCUAACUACCAUGAGUGAAACUUCUUCCACCUGUUUUCUCAAUUCUGGUGUUUUGCAUCAUAUCAUAUAAAUUAACACUGCUGAUGCCCCCUCCCCCCUUUUUAUUUUUUUAAGCCUCUUGUCUGUUUUAAGUUAUACAUCUAAUUUGGCCUUAUCAGCAGCCCGAUUUGUUUCAUUGUGGCUAUUUUGCAGCCGUACUCAGAAUAAUUUGUUUGGGAAUGUAAAAUGGAAAGAGUGAAAGUGCCAGUCUCACAUUUUAUGAAUAAUGGGACCUAUAUUAAGCCUCUGGCUGUCUGUUUUGUUGGCAAGCAGAGGCCCAGGGGAAUGUCACGUCUUCCUCUCGAUAAAAUGCCUUGGCUUCACAGCACAACACUGCACACUAUUAAGCCCCACAAAUUCUGCCUAAGCAAGCUGUAGUAAGCAAACCAUGACAGCACUAUUUAGUCCAAAAGCAAGGUUUGUAGGAAAAGGUAGAUUUUAGGUUGAUGGGUUUUAGCUUGUCUCCUAUUAGAAUGUCUGUAAACUGUUGACUCAAAGACAAAGUGCAUCUCAGUAUGUGUUUAUGACGCAUUUAGUGAAUAUUUUUUCACUGAGCCCAUAGCCAUGGCAGUAUUAGAGCCAUACUUUCUUUUGCCAGGUACCAUUAAAGCCAUGUUCUACACAGAGUCUCAGUGAAAGUGAAGCUGCAGCAUCUAAAUGAAACAGCACUGUGGGCAAGGUUUAGCUACGAGAGCGAUUUGAACAGAUCUUUUUAGGUUGGUUGGACAGAUCCAAAGAGGGUGUGGCUAUGUAAAUAAAGAGCAUUAUGGGGCUGCAGAUGGGUGACAAAUUAUAGGAAAAACCUGAUCUAUAGCCUUCCGUCACCAGAAUUCAGCAUCAUCAAAACACCAAGGAGCGGUGAAGCUGUUUUGAUGACCCAAUGCUUUUUUACUGAGACGCUUUAUGUUGUUUUUAUGUUUAAUUUGUCAUCUGUCUGUUUAUAGGAUUGGUCUCCAUCUGAACCUCCUACACCUGUACUGUUUGGUCAGGGGGCAGAGAAUGGUUAUGAAAUAAAUAAAUCAGACCUCAGGCACAUUAGGGUAAACAACAUUUUGUCAUCUGACAACCAGACACACAUUGCAGCAGGGUGGGGUUAACUGAUCGGCACGGUCAUGCCAUAUUAUUCAUGAAUAAUUUAUGCAUACAACAUGUGUCAUCUAAAAUAUUUACAUGUUUUACAGGAAGAAAUGAGUGAAAUUUGAUCUGAAAAUACUCUCUUUUUACAUGUAUUUGGCAUAGACUAAAAGAUAAACACCACACUCUAGGUGGCAGUAAACGAUGUCGUCAGUUGAACUGAGAAGCUCUCAUAUGGUGUGCUUUGCUGAGGAGAGAACGUAGUAUUUUACAAGAAAGACAUUUGGAUGUGCAUAUAGCUAGAUCAUUAUCUUAGUGACCCUAGAGCUUGAAAGUCGAGGUGUUAGCGGUGAAGGAAGUCUACACUUUGCCAGUUCAAUUGUUGAUUGUAUUGAAAAGCCAAAGUUGUGGUCUGUUCUGAUGUGCCACACGUAUGUGAUGCCAUAUUAUAGCAGCAUUAAUGGCUAGAAUGUACCUAACAGCAAACAUGGACCUUGUGUGCACUCAUCUUUUUGCAUCAGUCAUGUUUGUUCUCUAAAGUCAGAUGCAGUUCCACUAAACACACAGUAGGAGCGCUUCUCUCAUUCACUGUUUCUUUGUUUUCUUAACGUGCCAAAUCAGGCAUCACGGAUGCCUGUGAAAGCUAAUGCUGGAAUUGCAUCAUGCAGAAAGGCAUAUCAGCUGCAGUCUUUUAAAAAGAAAAAAGUUGGUGUAUGCACUUCAAAAAUUCUAGUUCUCAAUGCCUUUUUGUCCAGAAAGAAGCAGAACGUUAGCCUAGUAUGCAUGUUUCUCAAGAAGCAUAACCAGUAUGUAUGAUGUACAUUUUGAAGCAGCAUUAAGCAGUAUGUAUGUACAGUUACAGUCUAAUCUCUUUUUCUAUGGUAGGCUUCAUGUGUGACGAACCUUCAGUGUUGUUGUCUUUAAUAUCCUUUCUCAUGUAUCCUCCAAAUGGUGUGAAUGUGAUUGUGUGUGCCCACAUGCAUUAACUGUCUUUCUGUACAGGUUGCAGAGCUUCAUUGGCAGGCCCCAAUGAAAACCCGCAUUAUAUAUGUAUGUAUGUACAUGUCCAUGUGUCCGUGUGUGAUGACACUUAACUGUUGCAGUGAUGGUGUCUUUAAAUGUUUUGUAAAUCUUUUUUUUUUUUUUUUCACUGGCUGGUUUAUGCCAGAGAAGAAAAACAAACAAAAAAAAAAAAUGCUGAAGUUUUUACAUCGUUUGUAAGGACACAUAACAGAGGGGAAACUUUUUUCAUACAUAUGUUGUAUAUGUUUUACUUGAACUGUCAUGAAUCAGAACCACAGCUGUAUUUGGUUGGUUUAGAGCUGAGAUGCGGGGGUGCAGUGUUUAUUUAGUGGUGAUUGUGAGAGAGCGAAUGUGUGUGUGUGUGUCUGUGUGUGUGUGUGUGUGUUGUAUAUAAGCACCGAAGGCUGAAGCAUUGUGUAAAGGCUUUUUUGUUCAAUACAGGUAGUGAAUGUUAUUGAUGCCACAGUCCGACAUUUCAGAGUGAAGACACGACUACUUUAAAUUAAUGAAGGACGAAAGUUGUGCUUGAGGCCAAAUUUGUAGGAUCAGGUGCUGUGACAGGUCCCAUAGAAUUAAAUAAUCUUCACUCAGAAUGAUCAGAAUGGCGUCCAGACCCUGCUCUAAAAUCUUCCUAGAAGCUUGUUUCAAAGCUUUUGUGAUCCCCCACUUUGGCGUUGAUGUGAUGCAGGACUUCUGCAGUAACUGUUGCACUAAUUUUUCCUCCCUGAAGUGAAGGCUUUAGUGGCACCUAUGCUUUGUCGCUUAUAACUGUCACGUGGCUCAGCAAUGAAAACACAGGCUCUGAUUUUACAAAUCUGUUUAUUACAGGAUCAGAUAAAGUGGGUUUUUCUGUUUUUGUUGCUAAGCCAGCUCGACUCUCAGCAAUCAGCAGGAGACACAUACAGAGUAUCACAAUGAUACAUAUUGGUUUUAUCUGCUAGUUUGCUAAAAGAAGUUAAAAAGAGUUGUUGAUCGACUGUUUUAAGCCUUAUUUGUGUGCAGCGAAAUACUGAAAAGUUAAAUCGAGCGAGGAAGGAAAUCUCUUUACUUUUGUCUCUGCUAACACAAUCAUUUGAUCUGUGCUCUGAUUCCAAGACAAACUGGACACAAUAACAGGAACACCCAGAAAGUGUGAUGCGGUUCAGUGCAAUAUACAUGCAGUUAAUGCUCCCUUUGUGAAGCUUGUAAUGUGCUGUUUUAGUGACCGUCAGACGAGUCUGUAUUUGAAGGUGUCUGUUCCUGUUCCUCUUUGUUCACCUGAUGGCUGACGGUUUGUUCGUGUUAUUGUGUCCCCCACAGAUAUUUAAAGAACACAGCUGGAAAAUGUUAAUCUGUGUAUCUUUGUGUAAAACUGUCAAAUUCACAGUUUUGUCCGUGUUUAAAAACAAAACAUGUUUUUAAAGAGACUUUGAAUGGGCUGCUAACAGAAUCGAUGUUGAGGGUUUUGAACUCUUAGACUUGCAGGAGAAAAAUCUGCCUCAGAUCAAAGACAAAGUAUGACAAAUCAAUGACAAUACUGAUCAUUUUGGAUCAGUUUCUAGGCUUCUGAAAUGUCCCAAUUUUUUUAUUUUUUUUUGGAAAUGUGGACUAAAUGGUUUGUGGUCUCAUGAUAUUUUCUGUACGCAGUACUCUAAACUACAUUACAUUGUGUCACUAAUAUAUUUCCAUAACAUGCCAUGCUGUCAGAACUUUAACCUAUACUAUGAAUGAAUGUACAAUGGGCCAAUGUAUUGUUUCUCACAGCCGACCUGCAUGAGAUUGGGUGAAGAUGAAUAUUCUUCUUGCUACAUUUAGAUUUUUUUUUUUUAUGUAGUCUACUAGGCAGCCAUACAGACGUUUAUAAAUUAAUGCCUUAAGUUUGCGCCCUGUAGUUUGUAGGACAGGUUCACCCUCACAAUAACCUGUGUUUUUAUUUAUAAAUGUAUAUUGUGUUUCAUUUUUGGCCCGCUGGUCACAGAGUAAAGGUUUGUACCCUGACUGACUGGUCAUCUGAGUGUUCUGUGAAGAUGUACAAAUAAAUUUGUUAAAGAUUCA